GAUUUCCAAAAUCAUCAAAUACGUCACGAAAUUAUACUCCUAUCACAUCCUACACGAUGUCCAGCCAAUCAGCAGAAAAGAUAGCAAGUAUCAUUGAGCGUAAUUUGCAAACCGUACAUGUUCAACCACCACUACUCAGUGUUGGAAUAGAGAAGAACAAAUCCCUUGGAAGACGUGGCACUGUUCUCGUUUCAUGCGCCGAUCCUCGUAUUACUCCUGAGAAGUUCCUUGGUUUGGAAUUUGCUGAAGCAGCCAUUAUCCGUAAUGCAGGAGGACGCGCUCGUCCUGCUCUGCCCAGCCUUCUCGCUCUUGACACUCUAGGCAAUACAGGCACGAUCUUUGUGAUUCAUCAUACAGACUGCGGGAUGUCCCAUUAUUCAGAAUCUGAAUUCCAGGAUAGAUCAAAGACAAAGCACCCCGAGAUUGAUCUCCAUGGAGAGGAAUUUGGUGCUAUAGUAGAGCCCGAGAAAACAGUAAAGCAAGAUGUGGAGUAUCUGAGAUCGUUUGAGAGUUGGGGAAAGGCGGAUGUGGAAAUUGUGGGAUUGGUCUUGGACACGUUCUCUGGAGUUGUGAAGAGAGUGAUCUGAGUCAAUAGUCGGGAAAUAGACUGACCUGGUAGUUUCCUGUCAGUGGAAUGACUUAUUUGAGAGUCGGAAACAGAUCUUGUUAUAUACUUAUUCAUUCCAACAAUUCUGGGCUAAAUUGAAGUACAACUUCCA